GCGUCUCCACGCACAGCCGCACAGCCGUACGGAGCCGCCACUGCAGAGCUCCAGCCCUGCUCCUUGCGCAUCCGCCCGGAGCCCCUCGGCAUUCACGCUGCGCCAUGGCCAAGGCCGCCGAUGUCUGGUCCGACCUCCGCCUCGUCUUCUGGCUCGCCUGCCUCCUGCCUUUAGGCCCUGCGAGGGUGGCUGCAGGUCUCUAUAAUCUUAGUCUUACUACUGAUGGUCCCGCUACCAUUGGCACAGAAGUGACCAUCUCAGCCAGCCUGGUGGUCAAGGACAAUGGCAACCUGUCCCUGCCUGCAGACGCCCACCUCUACCGUUUCCACUGGAUCCACGCGCCACUAAUCCUCACUGCCAAGACCGAGAAGAAUCUAACCUCAACUAUCCACGUGGUGGGCAACGGGCCUGGGGACUUUCCAAUCACUGUCUGGGUCACUGCUGUCGACUGUUGGAUGUGCAAGCCCUUAGCCAGGAGUGCUCUGGUCCUCCCCAUCAAAGAGUCACUUGUGGGAAACCUAGUCGUUACCCAAAAUUCCUCUGUGUCUUGGCCGAACUCCUACAUCACCAAGAAAACCCUCAGAUUCUCCUUCCUCCUCCAUGACCCGAGCGACUUCUUCAAGUCGGCUUCCUUCUUCUACCAAUGGGACUUCGGAGACGGGACCUUGCUGAUAACCGACAACCCUGUGGCCUAUUACAACUAUUCGAAUGCCGGAACCUUCACAGUGAAGGUCAGGGUGGUGGCAGAAUGGGAGCAAACAAAGCCGGAUGCCACGAAGGGCAUCGUGCAGAAGAGCGGAGACUUCUCGGCUUCCUUAAGGCUUCGGGAGGCCCUUCAAGGCAUCCAGAUUUCGGCGCCCACCCUCUUGCAGACAUUCCAAAAGCUGACAAUGAGCCUGAACUUCCUCGGGAGCCCCCCUCUGCAGGUGUGCUGGGGCCUCAAGCCGGAAUGUCUCCCAGUGGAGGACAGAGAGUGCCACCCUGUGUUGGUGACCGGCACAUCUUUGAACGUGACCCACGUCUUCCAGAACCCCGGGGACUACUGCUUCAUCUUCCGAGCUGAGAAUGCCAUCAGCAGGGCAAACCAGUUCCACAGGAUUCAGGUGUGGCCCUCCACCUUCCAGCCAUUUGUCUUUGCUUUCCCCUGCGCCACGCUGAUCACCGUGUUGCUGGUUUUCAUCAUGUACAUGACUGUGCGGAGUGCUACUCAACAGAAGGACAUAGUGGAGAGUCCGGAAGUCACUGGGCUCAAGUGCUGCUGCCAGCUGUGCUGUGGAUCCCUCUUUCUGGACUCGCCAUCCGAGUACCUGGAAAUCGUCCGUGAGAACCACGGGCUGCUGCCGCCCCUCUACAAACCCAUGAAGACUUACAACGUGUGAACUCCCCACCCCGCGCCUCUCAGUGUUCACUGAUCACCCGUUGGGAGCUUCAGGCAGGGUGGCAGAUGCUACUGAGCAGGAGGGGUUUAGACGGGUGUGGCCAUUGGCCCAGACUGGUCGUUGAUCUGUACAGUCCAGCUGUUGUCAUUUGUCUUUGUGUGGCCCUCCCAGCUGUCAUUCACUCAUCUGUACACUCUAGUCACCUCUGUAAGCUUCCCCCUCCCCCUCCCCCCCUGUGCGGAGCAGGAUUCUGAGAGUCGGUGUGUCCUAUUAAGACUCUCCCAAGUGGA